AUGAAGCGCAAUCGCAAAAAAAUUUCUCAAAAACUAUUCACACCCCUUACUAGCCCUCAUCCCCUUGGCUCUUCAGCAAGAAUUUCCACAAAAGGCUACUCAGAAAGUUAUCGUGAAAUUUGUUCAAAAAUUCAUAUAAUGCCUAACAAUCACAUAACUUCAGAUCUAAGAAAUUGCGAAAUGAAAUUAAACGUUGAUGAAUUAAAGGAUAAGGAUUUAAAGUCAAUUCAAGCGUCUUUGCCUGGUUUUCAACUUUUGAAAAGGAUUUUUAUUUGAGGCAGGAAUUUUACUGAUUUAGUGCUUGAGCAUGAUUUUUACAGCUCUGGAUCUAUGAUACCUUCAGCUUCUGAGCCUUUUCUUAAAGUAAAAUCGCCUAGAAAAUUUUAUUUAGUCCCAAACCCUGAAGAUAAAUCUGACUCUGAAAUCCACAUCGACCCUGGCACAGUUUGCAAUAGUAGAAAUCGCAGCUACAAUGCAAAAGUAUUAAAAUCUUUAUCACUGAAUAUGGCUAAUAACAGAGCCAUGACUGAUAUAAAAUUAAUUGGUUUAAAAAUUGGCAAAGAAGGCUGGAAUUUUUUAGCUGAAGGUUUAGAAGGAGAAAUCCCACUUGUUAAUCUCUAUAUAAACUUCUGCAAGAUGGAAGAUGAAAAUUUAAGCGUCUUAAUACCACCGCUUAUGAAGAGCAAAACUAUUAAAAAUUUAGAUUUUUCUAGCAAUGAACUCGAAGAAAGCAGCGGAUAUGAUAUAGGAAGAAUUAUAAAUAUGCAAAUAGAAAGGAGAGAUCAUGAUAUGUGGCUUGCAGGUCUACGCGGAAGUUAUAUAGAAAACCCUAACAAAGAAGGCCUAGAAGAGCUUAACCUCAGCAAUAAUAAGUUAAAAGAUAGAGCAAUAUAUGACCUAUGCCAUGCAUUUUAUCAUGAUAAUGUCCUCCGCUGCCUUGAUUUAAAAAAAAAUAAAAUCACCCUUGAUGGUAUCAAAGAAAUUGUCAGUCUCCUAUAUUCAAACUCAUCUUUAUUAUUUUUAGAUAUAAGAGAAAACGUAAAUAAUGAAGGGACAGGAAUUUUAAAGGCAAUAAUAACCAAGCUGAGAAAAAAUUUUGCUGAAUAUUCCCAUGAAAAUGAAGAAAACAAAGCUUGGAAAUCAAAAUUAAUGAAGCUUCAGCAGGCCAUUGACCCAAUUUUUAUUAGCGAGCCUAAUAGUUUUAAGCAUGAAAAACAGCCCAAAAAGGUCAAAUUGAGGAGAAAAGAUACAUUUGAUUCUGAUGAAUAUAAAAAUGAUGAAUUGGCAAAUAAAUAUCUUAUGAAGUCUCAUAGCGAAGAAAUAUCGAAGAAUAGUAGUGAAAGUGACAGCGAAAGUGAAGAAUAUAUAAGACCAAGGCAAAGCCUUGGUAAUGAGCAUUAUUUAUUACAAGGACAGAGAUCACACGAUAAAUGUUUGCAAUGCCAUGAAUAUGAAGAAGCAUUAGAAAAUGCUGAAAAUGUAUGCAGAGCAUUAAGCAUAGAAAAUACAAAUUUAAAAAAGCAAAUAGAAACUCUACGGAAAAAUGAUAGAAACCAGCAAUCGUGGUCGAAUUCUGCAAUAAGCAGAGUUGAAGGACAAGUUGCAUAUAUUGCUCAACCUGAAAGCAUUUCAGCCAUAAAUGCAAGUGUAAGAAUAAUUUAGAAACAAGCUCAAGGGGGGACAGGGGAUGACCGAGGAGCUUUACAAAGGAUAGAAGCGAUGAUGUCAGAACUAACUAGAUUGAUGGAUGUACUAGAAAUGUCAAAUAGAGCUGGGAAUGCACAGAGCUCUGUGCUUUAG